ACACAACACUGCCUCCGCUCCUUAAACCAGCUAAGUUUUGCUUGACAAGACGGUUGCUUUCCGAAGUGGUCGACCGCGGUGCCGACAAGAAUGAAUUGGUUGCUGUAUAGCGUUUUCAUUGGUGUGCUGUGCUCUGUUCAAGGAAGGAGCGAUGAGGAUGGGCGUAUUGUAGCCAAGCGCACCACCAAAACAGCCAUCGUGCUUACCACCUCCACUACCACCACACCCUUCACCUGUGCCUUCCUUACCAACAACCAGGUCUGUCAGCGGCGCCGCUUCCGCCGCUACCAGCCGAUCUAUGACGAGAAGAAGCACGACGCUGCAAUGGUUCUUGACGGGUCUCACGGCGACGACGCCUGGCGCAUGGAGGAGGGCGGAGAGCGAGACCCACGCAUCGCUCUCACCGUGUGGACGACGGUUUCCUCCACCUACACCGUUACCGCCACCUCCACCAACACUGCCACCACCUUCUCGCUCUCCUUCUACUGCACUGUCAAUGGUGCUUCUUUCCCUCCCUCGUGCGGCUAAGAGCUGUGUUAUGAGGCCUGACGUGACGGCUGUCUGAUCUUCAGCGGACGAACACUUAUUUACAUAUUGGGGUCGAUUAUGUACAUAUAUGUCUUCAAAUAAAAAGAGAAUGUGU